AUGUUAUGACGAAAGUGGUUGUGCUGGUAAAGAUGAUUACAUGUUAUGAACAACCUGUCCAGGUCCUCUAGUAAGAUCCUAGACUCUCCUUUUUAUUUCCACCAUCAACCUCUUGUUAGAUACGGACACUUCGAUACUAACCCUAGAUCAUAAAGAUGCCUCAGUCUCAUUCGUAUUUCUAAGCCAGUGAGGAAGAGACUGCGUCUCAUUCGUAUUUCUAAGCCAGUGAGGAAGAGACAUCGUCCGUCCAUCUACCUCUUCUCAGGCACAUCAAUCAAAUAGGAUAAAGAUGCCUCAUUAUUUGAAAUUCUAAGUCAACUAGACAUCGUCCGCUAAGAAACACAGACGGUUGUCUGCGAAGAGACGGUUGUCUGGGAAGAGAACGAAAGUUGUCCGCAGUAUUCUGAUUCCGAGUGCUAAGGGUUGCCAGUUGUGUGAGCCUUCCUUUUAAGGGUUCAACAUCCCAUAUUGGAGAUUGGAUAUUGCAUCCUUCACAAGAACCGUCUUCCUUGGCCGUUUUUCAAGUGGUCUUCACCAAGGAUGUUGGUCUGAAGAAAGCAAUACACCGCAACUACGUAGUCUAAUGCAUAUGCGUUUCAUUUUUUGAUAAAUGCGCAGAAGAAGCAGUGGCCGUGACAGUGCACUGUCUGGACCGAACAAGUAAUGCGGCCUUUCUCGCAGUUUUUUCGCUGAUGGUGGUCACCGUAACUUAUGGGUACCGUCAACCCACUUCUUACGCCAUGUUUUAGCCAGUUUCAUCUUGAAAAGUGCUAAAAGUUGUUUCAAAAGACGGGCCGUCGGUACCUCUAAGCAACGCUCACAGUUGGGGCAUGUUGUCGCCAUAGCAAGUUUGGAAGGAAGCUUUUAGGCAUGGUCUUGUUUUCUCCUGGUGGACGAGAUACGUCGAAGGGAAAAACAAGUGGAGGAGACAGGAGGACGAGAGGUGUAUCUUCGUCACAGGAGGGUACGAACAGAAGUGGGGCGUCAACAUCGCGGCAUGCUAGCAGAGGCACAGGCGCGCCAUCACAGCAGGCUAUCAGAGAAGAGCGAACCCGAGUGAGCGACCAGGGACCACCCGUGGUGGAAAUGGGUGGUGUAGGUGAUCUCGAGCGCAGGUAGUGGAGCACGCAAACCACAACUCGUUCUGCAGAAUUAAUAAUCACUUGGGCUUUCUGUAGCGCAAGUCAUCUCACACCGACACCAAGUUGCACUCGUGACCCAAUAGUGCUGUUGUAAAGAUCUUAGAUAGUGUUCUACAGAGAUUCAGGGAAGUCGUAGGUCCACUCCGAACCGACU